AAAACCGUGGCAAACCAUUCCCUUCCAAAGCUCAAACCAAAUGCGGCAAAUGCCCAACGGCAACGAUCAUGUCCUUCAGUCUCAAAUACUCGACCGUUGGUUCCCGCCUUAAGCACUCCCUCUUCCAUUUCCACUUUCUAUCCACCACUUUGACCCACAGAUUCAAGUCUCCCACUCACCAAAACCUCCACCACCUCUUAGAGAGAUGCUCAUCCAUGAGAGAACUCAAGCUACUCCAUGCCCAGAUCAUCCUCCGUGGCCUAACCCACGAGACCCUCACUCUCGGAAAAUUAAUUUCUUUCUGUGCUGUUGCCGACACAGGCAAUCUCAAAUACGCACGCCUCGUGUUCGAGCAAAUGCCAGAACCCAAUAAAUUUAUGUACAAUAGUUUGGUAAGGGGUUACUCAAAUGGUGAUGAUCCAAUAAUGGCAAUUUUGCUCUACCACCGAAUGAUUGAUUCAGGGCUUUCGCCAAACGAGUUUACUCUUCCUUUUGUUCUUAAGGCUUGCACUCGAAAAUUGGCGUAUUGGGAAGCUGUGCUUGUUCAUGGUCAAGCCAUUAAACUAGGAAUUGGGUCUCAAGUUUGCGUGCAAAACGCACUUAUUAGUGUGUAUUCUAUUUGUAGGUUGAUUCAAUGUGCCUGGAAGGUGUUUGAUGAGAUUUUGGAAAAGACUUUAGUCUCGUGGAAUUCGAUGAUUGGUGGGUAUUCUAGAAUGGGUUGUCGCAAGGAAGCAUUUUUGUUGUUUCAGGGGAUGAGAAAAUUGGGGAUGGAGCCUGACAAGUUCACUUUAGUUAGUUUACUUUCUGUUUGUUCACAAGGUUGUGAUUUGUAUCUGGGAAGAUGUCUGCAUCUCUAUAUUGUGAUUAUGGGAGUUAAGGUUGAUCUAAUCGUGAGAAAUGCUCUUGUGGAUAUGUAUGCUAAGUGUGGGCAUUUGCAUUCAGCUAAAAUGGUUUUUGAUCACAUGCCUGAUAAAAAUGUGGUCUCAUGGACUUCCAUGGUUACUGCAUAUGGUAGGCAUGGGCUCACUCAAUCCGCUCAGCAAAUUUUUGAUAGCAUGCCUGUGAAAAAUGUGGUUUCUUGGAAUUCAAUGAUGUCGUCUUAUGUCCAAGAAGGUCGUUGUAGGGAAGCUUUGAAUCUCUUCCACAAGAUGUGUGAUUUGAGGGUGGUGCCGGAUGAGGCUACCUUUGUUAGCGUUUUUUCAGCCUGUAGCCAAAUUGGAGAUCUGAUCAUGGGAAAGAAGAUCCAUAAUUACAUGUGCAGUAACAAUUUAAUACCCAGUGUUACUCUAUAUAACUCCCUCAUAGACAUGUAUGCAAAGUGUGGGGCCCUUAGAAUUGCCAUGGAUAUCUUUUACGAGAUGCCAGAACAGAAUUUAGUGUCCUGGAAUGUUGUUAUUGGGGCCAUGGCACUGCAUGGAUGUGGCUUGGAGGCUAUUGACCUCUUUGAAAAGAUGCAAGCCUGCGGAGUUUGGCCGGAUGAGAUCACUUUCACAGGAUUGCUUUCUGCUUGUAGUCACAGUGGUCUUGUGGACUUGGGGAGAUAUUACUUUGACAAAAUGAUUUCCAUUUACAGGCUAUCGUAUGAAAUUGAGCACUAUGCUUGCAUGGUUGAUCUUCUGGGGCGAUCAGGGCUACUAGAAGAAGCAAUUAGGUUGAUAGGAGGAAUGCCUAUGAAGCCUGAUGUUGUGGUUUGGGGUGCCUUGCUCGGUGCUUGUAGGACCUAUGGCAAUAUCGACGUUGCAAAGCAAAUCCUAAAGCAGCUGUUGGUGAUGGAGCCACAGAGUCCGGGGCUUUAUGUGCUUCUCUCAAAUAUGUACUGUGAAGCUGAAAGAUGGGAAGAUGUGAAGAAGAUAAGGAAACUAAUGAAUGACCAUGGCAUCAAAAAGUGCAGAGCAAUUAGCUUCAUCGAAAUGGAUGGAUGUGUUUAUGAAUUUCUUGUUGAUGACAAGAGACAUGAAACCUCAAGCAGUAUAUACUGCAUACUUGAUCAAUUAACAGAUCAUUUGAAGUCUUUAGGAUAUUCAUGUAGCCUUUCAAGUGCAUAUUUGGACAUAGAGGAAAUCUAGCGCUGUGCCGAUUUUUUUGUUGAAUCAAGUUAUGAGAAAGUAAAUCCAAACUCUUAAGGAUUCCUUAACCUUUUCUUUCCCCUUCCAUCAAUUGUUAAAUCUUACGGUAAUUGUCCUUCUGAUUAUGUUUGGCUAGGCCUUGCACGAAAGCAAUAAUAGCAUGGACGAGCUGCCAGGGGCAUUGGUGCCCAGCAGCGCCAGCUCGGCUCUGCAGUUGGGUCAGACUUUCUCCGCUUCCUCCCUUCUCUUCAGGUGCUUGGGCGUUGAGUUCUAGAGCUGCACUGCCCUCUGUGAUUGUCAUGGCAAAUUAUUUUGUGAAACUUGUAAAAAAACCAUGGGUGACGAGCAUCAAGGUCACAAAAUUCUCAAAGUUUUCAAAGCUUCGUAUAAGACUGCGAUUCGGCUUACAGACAUUGCAGCGGUAUUUGAUGUUUCCGAUAUACUCCCUUAUGUAAUUAAUAGAAAGGAUAUUGUGUUUCUUCAUAAGAAGCAAGCAGAAAAAUCGCAUAUACCUCGUGCUAACGCUAAUCACAAGCACUGUGAAAUAUGUGGAUAUGAACUGGAUUCGUCCAAGGCUAGUAUGGUGGAGAAAAGAUUUUGUUCAAUCGCAUGCAAAGUAGAAGCCAAAAUCAGGAAGAAUUAUUCAGCGGUAGAUGGAUGUGCAAGAACAAGAAGGGUUGAUCGAGCUGUUCAAUCUUGGGGGAAAAGAAGUAGACGAGGGACAUCCACUGCGUCUUUUCGCAAAAGAAGUCGAAAAGGGACUCCUACAAGGUCUCCUUUCUUUUAGAUUUUCUUGAGACGGAUGGAAGCAAACCUAGAGGAUUUUUAUUAUUUUUAAUGUUCUAUGAUAUUGAUUUUAUUUUACGUUUGAAGUUAGAAAGGCAUUUUAAGCAUUACUUUCAAGAAAGAAAAAUGUUAGAACUAUAAUUGUGA